AACCAUGACAACAGCAGAAACCGGAGAUUGAGAGCGGAGUCAGUUGACUGCCAGUAGAACCAGUAGAACGGGGAACUCUGAUGUGAGGGAAGAAGCAUCGUGUUUUACAAGAACAGUUUGAUUUCAAACCCCUUGUUUUUUCUCUAUCAAGUAUGGAAUCCUCGAUGACUCGCGCAGAGCAGAACAUCAUGACAGUUCUAUGGGGACUGAUGGUCAUGGCCUCCAGCGGCCAGAGCGCACGAAUUGUCAGUGGUCAGACGGUGUGUCAGGGAGGGGCGGAGCAUCCGUGCUACAAGAUGGCCUACUUCCGGGACAUGACCAGCCGCGUUGCAUUCUGGGAGGCCAGAAAGGCAUGUGAGAUGGACGGCGGGUCCCUGCUGAGCAUAGAGAAUGCUGCCGAGCAGAGACACAUAGAGCACCUGCUACAAGAGCUUCGGACCUCCUCAACAGCGGGGACAGAAACAGGGACUGGAGCAGGUACCGGUCACGGAGGAAUAGCAGACGGCGAUUUCUGGAUCGGGCUGACAAGGACAGAUGGAGAGAACACACAGGAACAAGAUCACUUCACCUCCUGUCCCGACCUCUACCGCUGGACUGAUGGGAGUGUGUCACAGUUCAGGAAGUGGUAUUUUGACGAGCCGUCGUGCGGAGGGGAGGCGUGUGUAGUGAUGUACCACCAGCCCACAGCGCUCCACGGGCUGGGCGGAGCCUACAUGUACCAGUGGAACGACGACAGGUGCAACAUGAAGCACAACUUCAUCUGCAAAUACGAACCAGAGAGCCAUCUGGUGAAGGAGCAGGGGGACAGGCCUGGAGCUCGUGACCCAGAUGUGACGGUGGCACAGACAAUAGAGGUUAAACAGGCUGGUCCCAGUGAGGAGGAUGGCGCCCCACACGUAGUUAUAGCCGGACCAGGGAUGUUUCUGGUCUAUGUGAUCAUCCCCACCAUCCCUCUGCUACUGCUCAUCCUGGUGGCUUCUGGGACUUGCUGUUUCCAGAUGUUCAGCAAGAGCAAACCGGGGACCAAAACCAGUGUUAACCAAUCAACACUCUGGAUAUCCAAGACCCCUAAGACGGACAGCAUGGAAGUAUGA